AUGGUCAUAGGGUAGGUUAUGUAACUUAGCAGUAUGGUAUACCCCCCCAAUUGGAUAUAGGGGGUAUGACUGGAGCAAAGGGUGUCUUCACUGAACACUUAUCCUUUCAUUAGGGCACAAGUAUCUUCUGUUUAUUUCAAACACACACUUUUAAAAGUUUCUUAGGGAUCUGAAAUCCUUGAGGUCCUUGUUGUGACUUAAUAAAAUCUAAUUAGUUAUUUUAUAUUACAAAAUAUGUAGACAGUAAAUCUAAGAAUAAAAAACAGUCAUAAAUGCUAACUUAUUUUUUAUUUAUUUUAUUAAAAGGUAUUUAACCAGGAGAAAAACUUACUGACUUUAAUAAUCUAUUUUUCAAGAGUGUUGAAAAUGGCUCAUCAACAGAUAAACUCAGCCUAGUUUUAAAGUGUUACUUUGAGGACACAGCGUGUUCCAGGCAGUAGCACCACAUGCAGCCAGUAGGGGGAAUCGACUGCUUGCGUUGAUGCCAUCCCCCCUCUGGUCUCCUCUCCUCCUCUUCCCUGCGUUCUCCCAGGUUGUGGAAACGCUGCAGCCCGCUGGUCUGUGUCUGGGUCCCUCUCUCGUACAGAGCUGCUCAAGACCCUCCUACCGGCUGGGCUCGGGAAGGAGGAGGCAGUUUGCUCUACUCGCAAAGCCUUGGACGAGCCCCCUUUACCGCCCUGUCAGUGUGUAGGAGAAGGAGAGAGAGAGAGAGAGAGAGAGAGAGGCUGAGUGAUAGAGAAUACACACGAGAGAGAGAGAGAGAGAGAGAGAGUCACUGUGCGAUAGAGGGAAAGAGAACGAGGCAGGCUGCUUAGAGGAGCGAGAGUGCCAAGGACGGAAUAAGGAACACAUUUUACAAGAGCAGGAAGAGGGAGGAUCGCAGACGAGGGACUCCUUCUCUACUGGGCACCUGGGACACAGUCACUGCUUUUUUUUCACUCGUCUUCUAUCUCGUACCUAGUGGACUAACCAACCGGUGGAUUUUUUUUAAUACACGCUUUUGCCACAUCAUUCAGGAGCUGGGAUAAUUAUCUGCCCUCUUGCCGACUCUACUGCUUCAGACUGAGAUUGUUCUCUGGUUCUGUCUUCGACUUGUGUUUGUGAUUCUGCUGCUGUGCAACACAAAGUGCAUCCGUCGGCCACCGGUGCUGAGGAUAUCUCCCCCUCUGUCAAACAGGACAGCACGCAGCCACCGUCGAAUCAGACUACAGAGGAGAGAGAGAGAGAGCCAGUGUGUGUAAAGAGAGAGAGGGGCAGUGAGACAGAGUCAGAUUCAGUUGAGAGAGAGGCAGAUUAAAGCCCAGGCGAAAGACUGGACCUGAAACAGCUCUAAAUAGAGGAGUGAACCUACACAUCCUCUCCCGUUUUUCCUUGCCAUCCCUUUCCUUCUUCCUCCUCUCCUCCUCCUCCUCUUCCUCUCCCGUUCUCCAACAUUCACAGGACUGCCAGAGCAACUGCCACCUGCACCUCUUCUCUUCUUCUUCUACCUCACCCUUAUCACGCAUUACUAUCAGAUACCGGCAGCCACACAGAAAAAGCUGCUUUUGGUUCCAGCACUUGUGGAAAUAUUCCCAUUGAUCCAGCAUUAUCCACCUGAUAUUGAGACUCUGGAACCAGUGAGCUAUCCCCGUCAGAGGAAGACUUACUCCCAGCGGCUGUCCAGAACGCACACCCUGCCUUCUCCCUGGAGAUCCGACUAGCGACACAUCAGUGCGGACAGCCAAGACAAGGAAUCACACAGCCCCCGCCGCUGCCUCUAUCCCAUCGCUAGCUACUUGGCAGCUCCCGCCCCUGUGUCACCAUUCCCUGCCUCAGUGCUAAAGAUUCCAGCUACAUGGGCAAGCGAUUGGAGCAGCAGCCAAUGUACCCUCAGUACACCUACUACUACCCCCACUAUCUCCAGACCAAGCCCUAUGCUCCUCCCCCUCACCCCAUGGCUCCUCCCAGCCCGAGCACCAACAGCUGCAGCCAGGGAGGGGCAGAGCAGCUGAGUAAGACCAACCUGUAUAUCCGAGGCCUGCCACCUGGGACCACCGACCAGGACCUCAUCAAACUCUGCCAACCGUAUGGGAAAAUAGUGUCAACCAAGGCCAUACUGGAUAAAAACACCAACCAGUGCAAAGGCUAUGGCUUUGUGGAUUUUGACAGCCCAGCUGCAGCACAGAAGGCUGUGUCGUCUCUCAAAGCCACCGGGGUGCAGGCCCAAAUGGCCAAGCAACAAGAGCAGGACCCCACCAACCUGUACAUCUCCAACCUGCCGGUGUCUAUGGACGAGCAGGAGCUGGAGAACAUGCUGAAGCCUCUGGGUCACGUGAUCUCCACGCGGAUACUGAGGGAUGCCAACGGGGUCAGCAGAGGAGUCGGCUUUGCAAGGAUGGAGUCCACAGAGAAGUGUGAAGUAGUGAUACAGCAUUUCAACGGGAAAUACCUGAAAACCCCGCCAGGCAUUCCAGCUCCCACGGAGCCUUUGCUGUGCAAAUUUGCCGACGGAGGGCAGAAGAAACGCCAGAGUCAGAGCAAGUACCCUCAGAACGGGAGGCCGUGGCACAGAGAAGGCGAGAGCGGCAUGGCGUUAUAUGAUCCAGCUGCAAUGCAGAACGGGUUCUACUCCUCGCCUUACAGCAUCGCCACCAACCGCAUGAUCGCACAGACCUCCAUCACGCCCUUCAUCGCUGCUUCCCCCGUCUCCACAUAUCAGGUCCAGAGUACGUCAUGGAUGCCUCAUCAACAAUAUGUUAUGCAACCUACAGGUGCAGUGAUCACGCCAGCCAUGGACCACACUAUGUCCAUGCAGCCUGCCAGCAUGAUGGGCCCUAUCACCCAGCAGAUGAACCAUCUGUCCCUGGGCACUACAGGAAGUUACAUGACUGCUGCAGCUGCCGCGGCGCCUAUGCAAGGGACCUACAUUCCCCAGUACACUCCUGUGCCUCCAACAGCCGUCCCUGUCGAAGGAGUGGUGACGGACGCCUCCCCACAGAGCGUGGCUCCCUCGUCACAGGAGGUGGGCGGCCAGCAGCAACAGAUCCAGGUGGACAGCUCUGCCGACCAUGUUCCUGCUUACUCAUACACGUCCAAAUAGCAACGGCCUGAGCGAAUGUUCCUGUGACAGCGUUGCCUUGAGACAGAAGGUGGCUGCACUGUGAAUGUGAGGAAAAGAGAGAAGAAAGAGAUUGCUUCCAGAUUGCCCAGGCACCAAAAAAGAGACACUUUUUUUCAUUUCCUACCUGGCCUGUGAGAAAAAAAAAAAAAAAACAAACGCAAGAAGGAGGUAAAAAAGGUGCUGAGGAAGGGAAUGGAGAAAAUUGCUGGGCACAGUGCAAAGAAGUGAAAUUGUUUAGUCUGCCCUGAAGGGCUGGGCUACAGCUUGAAAAGUUUCUCAAAGGAAAAUCUCGACUAAUUAAAAAAAAAAAAAAGAUGAAAAAAGAAGUAAAACUGACAAAAAAAAAAGGUUGAAUGCAAAGGUAGGUGAUGAAGUUUAUUUUGUAAUUAGAAAAGGGGAGUCAAGUUUGAGAUACACACAGAGAUUGUCUUCCUCAGAUAUUAAGCUACAAUUUCUUUUCACUCUUUUUUAUGUUUUAGUGUUAAAUUUUAGUUUUCUAGAUAUAUUCAAAAAUAGAGUGUUUUUUUUUCUUUUCUUGAAUCUUCAUGGCCUUAAUUUGAAGGGCGCCAGAAACUUUUUACAGAGUUUAAGUCUGACGUCUGGUUAGGGAAAAAAAAACAAAAAAAAUCUAAAUCAGUCUCUUGGACCCCCUGGAGGGUUCAAGACACUGGAUGAGUUGUUCUAAAGAGGAGAAAAAGAAUCUAUCACAUAAGCUGUACAGAUUUAAUAGAGAAGAGCUUUUUGUUGUUUCUUCAUUAGAAGAAAAAUUUGAUAAUUAUUAUGUCAGAGGUAACUAAGUGUCAGAAGAAAACAAAAUGUCUGUUUGGGGAAAAAAAGACUCAUGGAGGGGUUCAGGGUGGGGUUGGGUGUGUGUGUGGGGGGGGGGGGGGGGGUAAAGCUUUGAAGAGAUUUUUCACAGUGAUGAGAAAACAUGAAAACAUAAGAGAACAUGCUGCAUUGUGGAUGCAGUCUGUUGCAAACGCUGAACUUGUUUUUUAUUAUCAUAAUUAUGAUUUUUCAUGGCAAAAAGUUGCUGUCGAUGACAUUAGUGCUUUUUAUCUGCCACAUUUUACCUUUUUUAUGAGCUUUAAGAUGUUUUUAGCCCGCUUUGCUUGUCACACUGCAAAAAAAAAAGAAGAAAAAAAAAAAGGAGAAAAAAAAAUGAUAAAAACAACCAAAAAAAAUGAACGGAAAAAAAUUCUGGCAGUGAAAUAAAAACAGUAGAUUCAGUAGGAGCUUACGGUUUAAACCAAUCAGUGCAAAAGCAAUAGAAGAAAUUGUUGACAAUUUCUGUAGUCUUUCCUAGUUGUGGAUCAAAUGCAGCCCAUGGAUGGCCAUUUUUAUACCAAAGAUGAAGAGACACUCUGAACCAGAGUUUUUGUUUGUUUGUUUUCUUUUGUUUUUCCUUUUCAUUUUUCAGUUUGAUUUUGUUGUUGUUGAUGUUGUUGUUGUUGAUGAUGUUAAUGUUGAUAUUGUUGUUGUUGAUGUUGCUGUUGUCGUUGUUUUUUAUUUGACCUUGAUGGCCGGACCAGUCCUUACUAUCCUUCUUGACAUCUUUCACCGGGUUUAAGCUAGUUUUCCACGGUUGUCCAAGCUGUUACACACACACACACACACACACACACACACACACACACACACACACACACACACACACACACACACACACACACAAACAAACACACAUCAACAUGUAUCCUGACAUGCACACACUUACUGUACAAACUCAUAAACACACACAACAAACAGUAUUUAAAGUGUGAUGCAACCAGUGGCAGUCCUACCAAAAGCUCUUCUUCAGCUCCUUAUGUUGAAUUUUGCAUUCUUUUUUUUAAAUGUCUCAUCAAUUUUAUGAUUCUCUCCGGGGGUGCAUUCCACCUCUCUCUCCGAUGCUGCAGGGAAAACUAUAGGAAUCAAUUCGGGAAUGCUGCUCGCUACGCUUCGUGGUUGUUCACACAUUGCUUCCAGCUGUGCCCUCUUUCUCGAUUUGUUGUCCUCAAACUCUUUAUCUCUUCAAUCCACUAAAACUAACACAGACAUUUCAGCUCAGCACGCUGAGCUGGUGUGUAACAUCAUGUUAAUCGUUGUCAUGUAAAUAGCACCAAACCUAGGUCACUUCUUUCCUUCCAGAAUACCAGAUGAGGGGUGUUUGCUGCAGGUGAGGAGUAAGUCACAUGUUUGAUUUUUAACGUCUCUACAAAUGAUUGCAUAAAUGUUCUGGCACUUGAUGGCACUGUCUUCCCACCUGCUGCUGCUAAGCUUAGCUUAGCACAAAGACUGGACACCAGGGACAACUAGCUGUGCUCGCCUCUCAAGUAAUGACAUCAGCUUGCCAGCACAUCAAAGUUUAACCUACAAAAAAGGGCUGUACUAUUUCUUAUCCAGGCCAAAGACAUUAACAAGUCAAAGUGGCCUCCGUGAUGUCACCCAUUGGUGUGUGAAGACCCCCCCUCAGGCUUCAAGUUGGGCAUUUUGUCCAUCACCAUCUUGAGUUUUUGGAACCAGGAGUGACCAUAUUCUGACGACAAAGUAGAAAGGCAUUGUUACGUCUCCUGUUCCUGGUUGACAGGUGGCUGUGGUAGGGGGACUUCUCAAUCACAGGAAGCCGUGCAUACCCUUCUUUAUUCCCUGAAAACGAACAUCAUGCUGUAUUAAAGAGGACUUGAAAGAGAAAUUGAGAUCAUAAACUCUUCAGGAAAAUGUUAACUGUGGCUGUAAAUCAUGUGGGAGAAAGGUCAUUGUUCCAUCUGGUUUCAUACGAUUGGGCUUCUUUUACAACUCUUCGAUGGAGUCACCAGCUGCUGGCUAGAAGAAAACAUCUACUUCUUAUAUAGAGAGUACGAGCCAGGCACAGUUGUUGACUGGUGUCUUGUCAUUACUAUGAGGUUUGAAGGCAACUAGCAGAGGCUCUGGGAAAUUACUGUAAAAACAGUAAACCCCUUAAAUAACUGAGAUGUAUUUCACUUUGCUCUGUAUGUCUGUUAGCAGACUAAGUCUGUUACUUUGUGACACUAAGACAUGGUAGAAGAGUGUUUAAAGGCUGCUUUAGGACUGCGUGUCGUGAACAUCCCCCUGAUAAUUUGCCAGACACCAACCAGGGGGGGGGUCAUCACACCUGUGAGAACUAACUAGACUCCUGAGCAGCCACAACAAGACGUUGAUGGCGGCUCCUUCCCUGACCCAGCUGCUGAGUGUCACUUACACCCCCGGAUGUCCCAAUUUGUUGCACAAACAGCCCCGUCUCCUCUUAUCCCGUCUUUCCAUCCCCAGGCUGCGGAGGCUUUCAAUGAUUUCAUCCCUGAGGAUUGUCCCCAAAGAAAUUGCCUUUGGGACAGCAGCCACUACCCCCCCCCCCCCCCCCUUCCCUUCCCCCCAUUACAGCAGCCUUUGUGUGUCUGCUCUGCUCGCCCAUGUCGGUCGCUGUAGCUCCACUGUGACGCUUAAGAGCUAAAAAAGACCCUCUUUUUUUUUUUUUUAUUCUCCCGCUUCAUGGCAUUUAUGUGCCAUGGCCGAGUCUGGCUCCUUUCUGCUCUCAUUUUCCCUCCUUCUCUCCUCUCCUCUUUCCCCUCUCUUUCUCUGAGGUUUCUUCUCUUUAUUGGGUGGUGCAGCAGCAGAACCACAAACCAAUUUUCAGUCACUCUCCCAAUGAGGCUUGACGGGCCCAAUUUGUCUCCCUCCGGGGCAAUAGGAUCCACUCCAGUGUCCCUCAAAAGACCCCUUUCUUCCAGACAGAGGGGGAGCUUUUUGUUUGGUGACAAUUGCAAUCGAGCUCUUGCAGUUCAUGUGACUCAUUCAGAAGCGCUGCGCUCGGGGACGUGACAGGCGAGCUAUGUCAUCAUGUGUUAUUUGUUACCUAACAAUCAUAAUGUACAUCGAGUGCCUUCAAGAGAAGCUUCCAAAUGAUCAAAGUGAAACAAAGCACACAGAACAGCUUAUUUGAUUGUGCUGUGCUGAAGAAAUGCUAUGCUAAUGCUAACAGCACCGCAGCCUCUCCAUGGUGCUAAAGAGGAAGCAGACCUGGGCUCGUGCCUUCGUGAUGCUGGCUGGUCAUUGUUGAUAUUUUGGCCAUAAACUCGCCCUCAUCAGGCCUCCUGUCCACUUGACAACAACACACAAAAAAAGAAGAAAAACAGGCAUGCAGGUUCCUGAAGUGAACCAGCCAGAAAAGCCAUACGCAUAUUUCUUUAUCCUCGAUCAAGAUGGAAACACCUGCUGAAGAUUCUUCUCCACAGAGGUCAAAAAGCCAAAUGUGUCAAACUGUCUCUCAGUGACCGUCGAGCUGUUUAUCGUCCAAUCAAAUCAACACCUGCCCCUUUCAUCUCAUCUGCCACUCAACAUCUGCUUUCAUUUUCCUCGAGGCUGUGAUACCCGUCUUAUCUCCCAAAGAAGGAUUCUGUAACACAUCACAGUCUGAACUGAACCACUGACACAUGUUCACUGCUCUCAUCUGUUUGAACUGUGUUCCAUUUGUGACACAUUUUCAGUGUCCUAAUUAACAACAGAGCUGCUGAACUUUAACUUUACCAGGUCUAAGCUAGUGUGUGUGUGUGUGUGUGUGUGUGUGUGUGUGUAUUCAAUUGUUUUAAGUUAUGACUCAACAUUGCUAUCAGCGGGUUCUCUAGACUUUACAGCUGCUAUUUUAUAGAGUACAGAAGACAGUUUUCAAGCUUAAUAGGACUCAUAAUGCAGGAGUUGCACAACAGAGAGCUAAGUGUCAUGAGAUUCAGUACUGAUGGCAUUAUGGGAAAUAGGAUUACAAAUAGCCAAGAGAUUAUAGAAAUAAAUGCACAACAUAAAGUUUUCCUGCUGUUUGAAAUUCAAGAAGAUAAAAGUUUCUAAGGCAGGUAUUUGUUUUUGGUACACAGCACCAGUAUGUCAUACAUCUGAAAGAUUAGCAAUCUGAACAAACAGAAAAUGUCUUUUUCUUAAUAGCACAAUGGCUUAAUGGACCUUUUCAGAAUACCAAUACAUUUGUGAAAGUGUACAGAGGGCAUGCCUGCAAUGUUAAGGAGGCUGCAGCAGCUUCCAGUCAUCUCAUGUGUCAGCACAAAGCAGCUUUACCAAGAGAGAGGAAGAGCGUGUGUGCAAGGAAGAAAGAGAGGGGGGGGGGGGGGGAUCAUUAGCUAGUGUUGCCGGGCAGAAGAUGUCAUAGCCUGGAGUUUCUCUGUCCCCUGUACAGGAGUGGAGGAGGUCACCUGCUCGACCUGUCACUAAUUAGAAACACACACUCUUCUUUUCCUGCACCAUCACACCAUGAUGGGCUCUUUUCUCUCCUCUCCUGUUCACUCUCCACCUCCUUCAGUCCUCAGUUCUGUAUCCAACAUACCAUUACUCCUCUUUCCAUCCCUUCCAUCUGUAUCAUAUGCAGACCCUAUCAUCUUAAAGUCCACUUUGGCAUCCCAACCACCUUUAGGAACAGUCAGAAAUGAACUACUGUCUCAUACAGCACAUUUCAAGCCGCUCCUUGCAGAAUCAUCUUUGAUCAGCAGCCACCUUCAUCACAACCAGACGUUGCUUCAUCAGACUGUAGAGGAAAACCUGUCUCCACGUGUUCUCUAUCCUCGCCGGUCUUCCCCGUACUGUACAUCCUCAGUCUUAAGGUUGUUGUGUUGUACUGCUCAGUAAAAGUAGGGCUUGUACUGUGUGCCUCGAUGAUGCCAAAAUGUUUAUGCAAUCAUGCACAAGGUGAUGAAACUGUAUUAGGUACAUUUAAUAUAAUUAUAUUUAAGAUUACUGCUGCAAACCCCACUCAUCUGGUGUCCAGAGGAAGAUUGUUUGACUGUUUGAAGUACAUUUGGACUUUAUGUGGGGAAAUACCCCUCUUCGAUUAACACACAUUCUGUCUUUCUUUGAGUUUCAGUUCUAGGAGAAAGCCGACACCAACAGAUCAGGAGAGUUUACAAAGAUCUUAGUUCUGUCUAAAGUCAGUUUUUAAGACAAGGUGCUUAUUUCACUGCCUUUUUUUUAGAAGCUGUUAUAAAUGUGAUCCAGAAGUCAGCAUCCCCGCUGUCAUAGGAAUAAACUCAUUAGACGCUGUUACAUGUCACCCUCAGCUGUUGGGAGACUCUUCCAGAUUCAUCCUGGUGACUCGCACCAAAAUUGAUCGUCAUGUGUUAAGGAAACAGUAACUCUCACAGCCGCUCUCCCACUGAGUGUAAAGGAGAACUGUGGCUCAAUAACUCAUCACAGACCAGCACACACAUACACACACAUGCUCUCUACACACAUAAUGCAGUGGGAAAUUUGCUCAAAGUACCCCCCCCCCCCCCCCCCCACAAGAGCAAUGCCCUCGUGAUUUUUAAUUGAUGCUUCGGUCCACCUUUGAUGAGAGCUAUCGAUUGGCCACACAACCCCAGGAGCGCAGCCAGCCAGCACACCCUGCCAGGAGUUCAAACAGCUCCCUGAGAAACACAGAAUCCAACAAUCACUAGGAAAAUGGCCGAUCAAAUUGUUUAGAGGUAGCCGGCAGAGAAAGUGUGUGUUAAGUAUUGGAAUAAUUUGCCUGAUAAAAAGUGGAACUAUUUAUUCCGACAGCAGAGCGGUUUUUGAUUUGUAUUAGUUAGCUUUCUCUUCUCGUUUGUUUGUUUCCUUUGUUUCAGCGCCGAGGAGGACAUGGUCACGCCUCGCACACGCUGCUCGGUGUGUGUGAUCUUUGAGAAACUCUCUGUACAUCUGUGGAUGUUAGGAUUUGACUUGGGUUUUAUGAGUUGUUCCUCUUUUUUUUUUUCUCUCUCUGAUGAAGCUUUCAAUAAAAAAAUGUGGAAAAAAAGUA